AUGUGCGGUGCGUACGGUGAGGCCUGGCCGCUGUUGGUCGUAUGCCGUCGCCGUUUGCGGAGAUGUCCGUUCGCGCAUGCCGAUGGCCACGCCCACCCACCCGAACACCACGUCCACCGUUUUCACAGCUACGAUUACGGCACCGCACGCCACACCAGCACCGUAACCUCCGGUGGUAGGUUGGGACGCGACGCCGCGCCGCAUGGCAACUUUGGAUAUGUUACAAAAGUUCACGGUUCGUCAGCCGUACCAGGCGAAGCUUUCGGUGCGGUGGCGCACGCGGUGUGCGUGACCGCGACGAACGGCUGCGUUCGUUUCUGCUUCGAUGCUGAGCAGGUGGCAGACGGCACACCCAGCGGUUCUGAGCCCUCUUCCGGUCACGGCGGCCAGCGACAGUGGCGAAAGCGGUCGCUGAUGCGGGGAAAGACCAGUUCGCAGAAGAUGCGCAACGGCGACGAGCCGAAACGAGACGGAACGCACUUUUUGACCGUCGCCAAAGACCGAGAACUCGUGCAUAACCGAUGA